GACCAGGAGUCGCUAUAAAGGUUGUCCAGCUGGACUGUCCCCACUUCCUGUGUCAGCGUCAGCAGGUCCAGAGUCAUCAUGAACGACAUAUACAAGGCUGCGGUGGAGCAGCUGACAGAUGAACAGAAAAAUGAGUUCAAGGCUGCCUUCGACAUCUUCGUUCAGGAUGCGGAGGACGGCUGCAUCAGCACCAAGGAGCUGGGGAAGGUGAUGAGGAUGCUGGGCCAGAACCCCACACCUGAGGAGCUGCAGGAGAUGAUCGAUGAGGUGGAUGAAGAUGGAAGUGGCACGGUGGACUUCGAUGAGUUCCUGGUGAUGAUGGUGAGAUGCAUGAAGGACGACAGCAAGGGGAAGUCUGAGGAGGAACUGGCAGAACUGUUCCGCAUGUUUGACAAGAACGCGGACGGUUACAUCGACCUGGACGAGCUGAAGACCAUGCUGGAGUCCACGGGAGAAGACAUCACAGAAGACGACAUCGAGGAGCUGAUGAAGGACGGGGACAGAAACAACGACGGCAAGAUCGAUUACGACGAGUUCUUGGAGUUCAUGAAAGGCGUGGAGUAAUCCUCAACACCAAACCUUAUCCUUGUCUCCCUCCGUCACAUGACUGGAAGCUGACUUGAGUCAUCCUGAACACUAAACCUUAUCCUUGUCUCCGUCCGUCACGUGACUGGAAGCUGACUUGAGUAAUCCUCAACACCAAACCUUAUCCUUGUCUCUGUCCGUCAUGUGACUGGAAGCUGACUUGAGUAAUCCUCAACACCAAACCUUAUCCUUGUCUCCCUUCAUCACAUGACUGGAAGGUGACUUGAGUAAUCCUGAACACUAAACCAUAUCCUUGUCUCCCUUCAUCACAUGACUGGAAGGUGACUUGAGUAAUCCUGAACACUAAACCAUAUCCUUGUCUCCCUCCGUCACAUGGCCAAAAGCUGAUUUGAGUAAUCCUGAACACCACAUCUUACCCUGGUCUCUCUCCGUCACAUGACUGGAAGCUGACUUGAGUAAUCCUGAACACCAAACCUUAUCCAUGUCUCCAUCUGUCACAUGACUGGAAGCUGACUUAAGUAAUCCUGAACACUAAACCUUAUCCUUGUCUCCCUCCGUCACAUGGCCAAAAGCUGAUUUGAGUAAUCCUGAACACCACACCUUAUCCUGGUCUCCCUCCGUCACAUGACUGGAAGCUGACUUGAGUAAUCCUGAACACUAAACCUUGUCUCCCUCCGUCACAUGGCCAAAAGCUGAUUUGAGUAAUCCUGAACACUACACAUUAUCCUGGUCUCUCUCCGUCACAUGACUGGAAGCUGACUUGAGUAAUCCUGAACACCAAACCUUAUCCUUGUCUCCAUCCGUCAUGUGACUGGAAGCUGACUUGAGUAAUCCUCAACACCAAACCUUGUCCUUGUCUCCCUCCAUCACAUGACUGGAAGCUGACUUGAGUAAUCCUCAACACCAAACCUUAUCCUCGUCUCCCUCCGUCACAUGACUAGAAGCUAACUUGAGUAAUCCUCAACACCAAACCUUAUCCUCGUCUCCCUCCGUCACAUGAAUGGAAGCUGACUUGAGUAAUCCUGAACACCACAUCUUAUCCUGGUCUCUCUCCGUCACAUGACUGGAAGCUGACUUGAGUAAUUCUGAACACCAAACCUUAUCCUUGUCUCCGUCCAUCAUGUGACUGGAAGCUGACUUGAGUAAUCCUCAACACCAAACCUUAUCCUCGUCUCCCUCCGUCACAUGACUGGAAGCUAACUUGAGUAAUCCUCAACACCAAACCUUAUCCUCGUCUCCCUCCGUCACAUGACUGGAAGCUGACUUGAGUAAUCCUCAACACCAAACCUUAUCCUCGUCUCCCUCCGUCACAUGACUGGAAGCUGACUUGAGUAAUCCUGAACACCAAACCUUAUCCUUGUCUCCGUCCAUCAUGUGACUGGAAGCUGACUUGAGUAAUCCUCAACACCAAACCUUAUCCUCGUCUCCCUCCGUCACAUGACUGGAAGCUAACUUGAGUAAUCCUCAACACCAAACCUUAUCCUCGUCUCCCUCCGUCACAUGACUGGAAGCUGACUUGAGUAAUCCUCAACACCAAACCUUAUCCUCGUCUCCCUCCGUCACAUGACUGGAAGCUGACUUGAGUAAUCCUGAACACCACAUCUUAUCCUGGUCUCUCUCCGUCACAUGACUGGAAGCUGACUUGAGUAAUCCUGAACACCAAACCUUAUCCAUGUCUCCCUCCGUCACAUGACUGGAAGGUGACUUGAGUAAUCCUGAACACUAAACCAUAUCCUUGCCUCCCUCCGUCACAUGGCCAAAAGCUGAUUUGAGUAAUCCUGAACACCAAACCUUAUCUUUGUUUCCGUCCGUCACGUGACUGGAAGCUGACUUGAGUAAUCCUGAACACCACACCGUAUCCUGGUCUCCCUCCAUCACAUGACUGGAAGCUGAGUUGAGUAAUCCUGAACACCAAACCUUAUCCUUGUCUCCCUUCGUCACAUGGCUGGAAGCUGACUUGAGUAAUCCUGAAAACCACACCUUAUCCUGGUCUCCCUCCGUAACAUGACUGGAAGCUAACUUGAGUAAUCCUGAACACUAAACCUUAUCCUUGUCUCCCUCCGUCACAUGACUGGAAGCUGAUUUGAGAAAUCCUGGUCUCCCUCGUCACAUGACUGGAAGCUGACUUGAGUAAUCUUGAACACUAAACCUUAUCCUUGUCUCCUUCCAUCACAUGGCUGGAACCUGAUUUGAGUAAUCCUGAACACCACACCUAAUCCUGGUCUCCCUCCGUCACCUGAUUGGAAGUUUACUUGAGUAAUCCUGAACUCUAAACCUUAUCCUUGUCUCCCUCCGUCACAUGACUGGAAGCUGAUUUGAGUAAUCCUGAACACCACACCUUAUCCUGGUAUCCCUCCGUCACAUGACUGGAAGCUGACUUGAGUAGUACUGCACACUAGACCCUAUCCUAGUCUCCCUCCGUCACAUGACCUGGUUGAAGCUGAGAAGGACUCUGCAAGAAUGAAGGACUCUGUAAAAACUGUUUCUGAUCCAUGGUUCCUUCCUGCAUUGUUGGAAAUACAAAAUGAUGAAAGUCAAUCUUCAACUUUUUUCUCCUUUGGAGCUUCAACUUCUAGAAUCUUCACCAUCAAGUUGUUGAUGUCGAUGUUGUUGUUGUUGAUGUUAUCAUUGUUGAUGUUGUUAUUGUUGUUGAUGUUGUUAUUGUUGUUGCUGUUAUUGUUGACGUUGUUGUUGAUGAUGUUAUUGUUGUUGUUGUUAAUCUUGUUGUUGAUGUUAAGGUUAUUGUUGAUGUAAAUUUUGCUGUAGAUGUCGAUGUUGUUGAUGUCAAUAUUGUUGUUGAUGUUAUUGAUGUCAAUGUUGUUGAUGUCGAUGUUUUUGUUGACGUUAUUGUUGAUGUCAAUGUUGUUGUUGAUGUCGAUGUUGUUGAUGUCGAUGAUAAUGUUGUUGAUGUCGAUGUUGUUGAUGUUAUUGGUGUCAAUGUUGUUGUUGAUGUUUUUAUUGUUGAUGCUGAUGUUGUUAUUAUUGUGGUGGUUCCUGAUUGUUGUGUCGACAAAGCACAAUCAGCCCUAAAUCAAACCUGUGUCAUUGAUGUUGUUUUGACUUUUACAAACAUUUUGGGAUGUUUGAUAAACACUCAGGACUUUUUCUUCUCCUCAUAAAAGAUGCAUGUUGUGCUCAGAUUGUUUUCUCAAGAAAUAAACACUUUUUUGGAGUA